AUGUCGGCCAAGAUUCACCCGAGCUACUACUACCCCAGACGCAAAGGCGCUUCUGCCAAGAGAUGGUUUGUUGAGAACCAGAUAGGCCUCUGCCUCUGCGUCACUGUCCCCGUGCUUCUCGCACAAACAGUUGCAUUCACGCGUCCCUACACCACCAAGUUCCUGUCACUAUCGUACUAUGAUGAGAAGACAGGGGACUAUGGUCUGGGCUUUGACGAUGUCUACAUUGUGUUGUUUCUUGUCGCCGUCUUUACCGGUCUUCGUGCUGCAACCAUGCAGUACGCCCUUGUUCCACUUGCGAAGAGAUGCAACCUCAAGGGAAGCAAGGUUACCCGCUUCAGUGAGCAGUCUUGGAUGAUCAUCUACUACACUAUCUCUUGGAACAUUGGCAUGUACAUCUAUGCCACAUCUCCUUACUGGCUCAACCUCAGAGAGAUGUGGACGGGCUGGCCCAACAGAGAAACAACAGUCUUUAUGAAGUCUUACAUGAUAGCCCAGCUUGCUUUUUGGCUACAGCAAAUCAUCGUCAUCAACAUUGAGAAGCCACGCAAGGAUCACUGGCAGAUGUUUUCUCACCAUAUCGUCACCAUCGGCUUGGUCUAUUGCUCCUACCGCUACGGUCUAACCAGAGUAGGCAAUGUGGUACUUGUGUUGAUGGACCUUAACGACCUCUUCUUCUCGGUGGCCAAGUGCCUCAAGUACCUCAAGCACCAGACGUUAUGCGACAUCAUGUUUGGCAUUUUUGUGGUUAGCUGGGUUCUCCUUCGCCACGUUGCCUUCUGUCUGGUUAUCUGGUCGGUCUAUGCGCACACGACAGAGAUGAUGACGGGAUGCUACAGGGGCAUGGGAGAGAACGUCACUGGACCCUUUGACAUACCGGCAGAUGGAUCUCGCUACUGGUUAGUGCCGCUGGUUUCAAACUCCGAAAUUGUGUGCUACGACUCCAAGAUCAUGCACGCAUUUCUUAGUGGCCUUCUCUUCCUCCAGGGUCUUAUGAUUCUCUGGUUCAUCAUGAUCUUCAAGCUCGUCGUACGUGUGCUUCUCGGUGAGAACGCAGAAGAUACCCGCAGUGAUGACGAAGCCGAGAACGAGCAAGACUACCUCGAGGUCGAAGUCGGUUCCGAGAACCUCUGUUUGCCGAGUCGAUCAUCCGUCACUGGACUUACCAGGUCCGAUUCACGACACAGAUCCCGAGGCGUGAGCACAUCUCUUCAGAGCGAUGGACGAAAACUCUUGGAUCGGAUAGGAUGUGAGAAGAAGAUUGAAUGGGAGGGUUAA